AUGUUUCUGAGGUCGAUGGCACGCAACGUAGGGCAUGGCAAGCGGGCGUCUCCUCGCGCAGCAUCUUUGUUGCGGCAACUGCUGUGCAUCCUCGCCGCAAUUUCUCUCCUUGUGUUAGUCGUCAUUCUCCCGCCUGCGAGCAGUACGGCACGUAGUCGCGUGCACCGUUAUCGUAUGGAAGAAAUGCACCAAAGGGAGGUGGAACAACUGCCGGUAACACUCUUCCCUGACGUGAAUAGCACGCCACAUGAUGCGGUCACCUGCGGUUUGGUGGAGGCUGCAGCUGGAGAGAGGCCUGUGGAGUUGAAUAUCUUUGUUGUGUUUCACAGGCAGCUGUAUGAGCAGCUCUAUGAGGACCUUGAAUGGAACUCGCUGCUUUCGUCAUUUCUAACUCCCACAUCGUCUUUGUCGCCAACGACGAGGGAAGUAGUGGAGGGUCUUCAGGCCUAUCACAAGGCAAGGGGGGCGGGCAGGAGCAAUGGGAACCGCAUUUACUUUCUCGCCACAAGGGAACCGUUAGUGAAGUCGUACCCGUCGGAUAUGCUGCGGAAUCGUCUUUUGCGUGAGUGGGAAAUGCCUGGAUUUGUCCCAAGUAGGAGAUUUUUGCAUAUUUACAGCGCAAUUAUGACUGUAUACAGAAGCCAAAUGGUUGGCCAUUCUCUUGGCGGCACGAAUUCCAGUGGCGUUGCCGCAGCCAUGCCCUCCGCGUCAGCAUUAGGAGGAAGUGAGGAAUGGGUAGCUUUUCUUGAACACGACAUGCGCGUUGAUACGCAAUUGCUGUGUCAGAUUCGUCAGCGCAUCUUUCAGCAAGCGUCAGGUUCGCGUCGCUGCUGCAUCUUUUACGGGGAGUCGUACAAUACAAUGUUUUUGCUUCACAACCCCCUUGGCCGUCAACUAAUGCGUGAGUACAACGCAUUCUUUCACACAUCCCUGUCUCUGAAAGAUCUGCCUUCGGUGGUUGCGACGGGGGCGGUUGUGCUGCCCUCGGCGCUGCUACACCGCAUUGUGCCGUUUCUCGAGCGGGUUGCAGAGCUGCCGUUGGUCAAACGCAGAGCUCGCCACAGCAGUGGUGUCGUCGCGACCCAACAGGGGCUUGGGAGAGGCUGGAGACAAAACCGGCACCUGCGGCGGCCGUUGGAAGUGAUGGGGUCCGCCCUGGCCCUCAGCUUGGGGUUGGAACGCAACUACGUGCAUGUGGAGGUGCCAAUACGCCACUUGACGCAACGUGAACUGGAGGAAUUGAGUGAAGAGUAUUAG